AUGGCACACGCGCGAAAAAGUUUUUCUGCUGGUUCUUCUUUGGAAGACGAGUCGUAUUCAGAUGAAAAGUCUUUCAUCAUUCAAUAUGAUGAACAAACAAUUACCGAGGAGACAUUUUAUCCUAACAGAGUAUUCAUAAAUCAGGUCGAUUCAUAUCAUGGCAAAGCAAUAUCUAAAUACAUAGCUUCAAAGAGAGUAGGAGAAAGUCCUUUCAUGGGAGAAGAUGUUUUAGGAAGGGAAGAUCAGGAUGAGAAGGAAAUAUUUUAUCAAGUUGUUGGUACAAGUCUAGGUUGUGUAGAUAAUUACACGAAAUCUGAUUAUGUCCACGAAAUUCUGCAUAAGGAUCAAGAUAAUUAUAAAGAAAAUAUAUUAAAGUGUAAGUAUAUCAUUUUUGAUAUUUCUUCUGACCACAACGAGAUUGAAGAAGCGACGGAAAUUUUGGCUAUGUUGGAUAAAGAAGUGGAAACCAAUCCGAAUAUUCCUAAAAACGAGCAUAUUUACUUUUAUUUGGUGUCAUCUUUUAUGACUUGGGCCAAAUCCAAAAAGUUGGAUUCAAGAUCAAAACUGCCGUUGCGAGAAACUGAUUAUAGGAAAAGGAAACCACAUCCUAAUUUUAAAUUGCACAUUGAAUUGGAGAAAGAAACCAUGACGGUUGGCAUGAAUCACAAGGAUGGUAAAUUACAAACGGCGAUCAUAGCCUGCGGUUUAGUUUAUGGUGCUGAAAAUCAGGUCUUGGAAUACGCAUUCAAAAUGUCUUUUAACAACCAUGAAGAAAUCCCAGUAUUUCAUCCAGGAAAUAACGUAGUGCCAACAAUUCAUGUGCAAGAUUUGGCUGCAUGCAUUUACGACCUAAUAGCAGAUCCUCCAGUCAAAAAACAAAAGUACUUUCUAGCCGUCGAACCAACAAAUGCUGUGAUGAAGGACGCAAUUAAGGUUAUAAGUAAAUCCCUAGGUUACGGAGUAACCAAGAUUGUACCACAAGAGCAUGCUUUCUUUCAACCAGUGGAAAUUGAUCAAUCGUCAUUCGACCAACUGAUGGCAAAUGUUCCAAUGGAACCAGGUCGUUUUAGUCGAAUUCGUUUUCAAAAUGAUCUCGGCAUUGUUGGCAUGGGAAAAAUACUUGCAUACGAAUUUCGCCAGGCUCAUAACCUUGAUCCACCAAUUCGAGUUCUUAUACAUGGUCCACCAGCUUCAGGAAAAACUGAAUUGGCUAAAAUGCUUGCUAAUCAUUAUGGUGCACAUCAUCUUACGAUUGCAAGUGUGAUUCAAAAUAAAAUUGAAAGACUGAAACGAGAUAUUGUUCGACUUGAACAAGAGGCAGGUGAUUCAGGAAAGCCUAUUGAUGAAAAUGAUGUAGAAACCGAAGGUGAAGAUUGGGAUGGAGAACCCAAAAUGGAUUUACAAGCUUUGAAGAGCUUGCUGCAGGAAAUUGAAGACAACAUGGCAGCUGACCCCCGAGGUCGACUUGCAGAUUCCUAUAUCAUAAGCUUUUUCAAGGAGAUGCUGUUGAGUCCUCCUUGCCAAAACCAAGGUUAUAUAUUAGAUGGAUGGCCAAAAGAUUUGGCUCAGGCUGUCGCAGUUUUUGGUUUAUCGGAUCUAGGAGGAGAAGAUGCUGGCGAAGAAGCAAAUGAUGCAGAAGGUCCCAAAUUUGAUGAUCGCAUUAUGCCACUGAAUAUAUUUUCGCUCGAAGCUUCAGAUUACUUUCUUUGCCGAAGGGUUAUGGAGCUGCCACAAUGCGAAGUGGAAGGAACACAUUAUACAGAGGAUGAAAUGUUGCGUCGCUUAUCGGAAUUUAGAGCCAGAAAUACUGAUACAAACACUUCCCUGAACUUUUUCGACGAAUGUGAGCGUCAUCCAAAAUUGAUAUCAGUCGAAGAAUAUGAUACUAUUGAGGCUGUUUUCGAUAUCGCUUGCGAUAGAAUUGGGCCACCAAAACAUUUCAUGUUGACACGAAUAGAAAUAGAAUUGGGUAACAUCAAAAAACGUGAACAAGAGAAAAAUCAACAGCAUGAAAAAGAACUGAAAGAACAGCAACAAUUGGACAAAGUUAGGAGACAAAGAGAAAAGGCGAUGGAAGAUUGGACACAAUUGUUUGAGAAACUUCGGGAGGAAGAAGAAGCAUUGCUGGCUAGUCAGUUGGACUCAAGAUCAAAACUGCCGUUGCGUGAAACUGAUUAUAGGAAAAGAAAACCACAUCCUAAUUUUAAAUUGCAUAUUGAAUUGGAGAAAGAAACGAUGACGGUUGGCAUGAAUCACAAGGAUGGAAAAUUACAAACGGCAAUCAUAGCUUGCGGUUUAGUAUAUGGUGCUGAAAAUCAGGUCUUGGAAUACGCAUUUAAAAUGUCUUUUAACAACCAUGAAGAAAUUCCAGUAUUUCAUCCAGGAAAUAACGUAGUGCCAACAAUUCAUGUACAAGAUUUGGCUGCAUGCAUUUAUGACCUAAUAGCGGAUCCUCCAGUCAAAAAACAAAAGUACUUUCUAGCCGUCGAACCAACAAAUGCUGUGAUGAAGGACGCAAUUAAGGUCAUAAGUAAAUCUCUAGGUUACGGAGUAACCAAAAUUGUACCACAAGAGCAUGCUUUUUUCCAACCAGUAGAAAUUGAUCAGUCGUCAUUCGACCAACUGAUGGCAAAUGUUCCAAUGGAGCCAGGUCGUUUUAGUCGAAUUCGUUUUCAAAAUGAUCUCGGCAUUCUUGCCAUGGGAAAAAUACUCGCAUACGAGUUUCGCCAAGCUCAUAAUCUUGAUCCACCAAUUCGAGUUCUUAUACAUGGUCCACCAGCUUCAGGAAAAACUGAAUUGGCUAAAAUGCUUGCUAAUCAUUAUGGUGCACAUCAUCUUACGAUUGCAAGUGUGAUUCAAAAUAAAAUUGAAAGAUUGAAACGAGAUAUUGUUCGACUUGAACAAGAGGCAGGUGAUUCAGGAAAGCCUAUUGAUGAAAAUGAUGUAGAAACCGAAGGUGAAGAUUGGGAUGGAGAACCCAAAAUGGAUUUACGAGCUUUGAAGAGCUUGCUGCAGGAAAUUGAAGACAACAUGGCAGCUGACCCCCGAGGUCGACUUGCAGAUUCCUAUAUUAUAAGCUUUUUCAAGGAGAUGCUGUUAAGUCCUCCUUGCCAAAACCAAGGUUAUAUAUUAGAUGGAUGGCCAAAAGACUUGGCUCAGGCUGUUGCUAUUUUUGGUUUAUCGGAUCUAGGAGGAGAAGAUGCUGGCGAAGAAGCAAAUGAUGCAGAAGGUCCCAAAUUCGAUGAUCGCAUCAUGCCAAUAAAUAUAUUUUCGCUCGAAGCUUCAGAUUACUUUCUGUGCCGAAGGGUUAUGGAGUUGCCGCAAUGCGAAGUAGAAGGAACACAUUAUACAGAGGAUGAAAUGUUGCGUCGCUUAUCGGAAUUUAGAGCCAGAAAUACUGACACAAACACUUCCCUGAACUUUUUCGACGAAUGUGAGCGUCAUCCAAAAUUGAUAUCAGUCGAAGAAUAUGAUACUAUUGAGGCUGUUUUCGAUAUCGCUUGCGAUAGAAUUGGGCCACCAAAACAUUUCAUGUUGACACGAAUAGAAAUAGAAUUGGGUAACAUCAAAAAACGUGAACAAGAGAAAAAUCAACAGCAUGAAAAAGAACUCAAGGAACAGCAACAAUUGGACAAAGUUAGGAGACAGAGAGAAAAGGCGAUGGAAGAUUGGACACAAUUGUUUGAGAAACUUCGGGAGGAAGAAGAAGCAUUGCUGGCCAGUCAGGCUGCUCCACUCCGUCUUUACCUAACCAGACAUGUUCUUCCAACUUUGACCCGUGGUUUAUUAGAAGUAGCCCGCGUACGUCCUUCUGAUCCAAUUGACUAUUUAGCAGAAUAUUUGUUUCGUGAAAAUCCUGAAGGAAAGGCAUUCGAUCCGGCCUGGACACAAAGUAUGAAUGAAUUGGAGCAAUGUGUACAAUUUGUGUUGAAUCCGCCAGAAAAGCAAUAA